CCACAAGAGGUUAUGUGACACUCGAUUUUGGGAAGUCCCCAAACUGUUUUCUCAAUUUUGCACAAAUCCAUCUGGGUGCUGUUGCAAGUCUGGUUUCUAGGAUCCGUCGUGAAAAAUGACUUUGCCAGGGCACACGCUUCUUGUCUCACUUUUGGUAAGCGACAAGACGAGGAAAAAGUUAAGGACGACACUUCUUGAACUGAAAGCGAUGGACAAGCAGAAUAUGUCUUGUUCCUUGUAAGUUUCACUUGCUUCAGUUGGUAACGCAAUUUUUUCUGCCAUUCUAGGAGGGAAUUCCAUUUGCGACGCGACUCUGAUUGUUGUGCUAGAUGGUCAGAUCCUUCCAGGAAUAAAAAUUGAUAAAUCAGAACUGUAGCGAUCACGAAUGCCAGCGAAAGGAAGAAAAAAAGUAACGACCUUUUUGCGUGACGAAAUGUACAGAAAAACACAGCUGGGGGAAAACAAGGACGAAACAUGAGGAAGGAACAACAAGGCAUUAGACUGUUCUCGACAUCAGUGAUGAGAAUUAACAGCUACGCCUGAAAUGAGCUCAAAAUAAUAGACAAUACACCUGUCCUUGAAAAGAAACCACACAAUAUACAGAAAACAAUCGUCACUUUAAAACAAGAUCAUACGAGUCUGCACGUUUGUCAUCAUGAAAGUGAAGUGAGCCCGCGAAAUUUACCGCAUGUCAGUUCAAUUCGUCAUGGCGGAAUAUAUGGAACGUGGUGAGGAAUAUCAAAGAAAGAUUUCCACUGAAUCAAACUCCAGAGCGCACCGAAAAUGCAAAGAGAAACUUGACAGAUCCUGUCGAGAAUCGCCAUAUGUGAAGUUUAUGUUAAAGGCCAUGAGUAACCUAGGGUGUGAAGUGGAUCCAGAAAGACAUAUGGUAUGUGAACCAUGUGACCCAAAGCUGAUUGGAGGAUUUGAUCAUGAUACAAAGGAGAUGUUUUUAUGCGAGAACACAAUCUACACCCAAAAAGCAAUGGACACCGUUCUCACUCAUGAGCUGAUCCAUGCAUUCGACAACUGCAGAGUCAAAUACAAUCCAGACAAUGUGCGGCAUUUAGCUUGUACUGAGAUUCGGGCAGCAAACCUUAGUGGAGAUUGCUUUUUCUCAAGGGAGGCAUUUGGACGAUUCAAAUUCAGAUGGAAAGCUCAUCAGCAGGAGUGUGUCAAAGAACGUGCAGUAAAAUCUAUGUUAUGUGUUAGAGACAUAUCCAAAGAGGAAGCUCAGGAAGUUGUAGAGAGUGUUUUUGAUGCAUGUUUCCAUGAUACAGAACCAUUUGAGAGAAUUCCUCCCUGACUGGUGUACAGCUUCAGAAUAAUAAUAUCCAUGGACAAAAACAAGAACUAAAUUUAUUUCUAAUGAUGGAAAAGACAUGCAAGGCAUGUGAAUUUCAGAAGGAAACUUCAUAUUUUGUAAAUGUUGAACUUUUUGAGACUGUCUUUAAAGAGAUUAAACCCCACAAAACAUCAGCAUAGUAUACCAUUUCAUGGAAGAGGGAUAAAAAGAGGCUAACUUUCAGUCCAGGAUUACCACUAAGUGCUCAAUGACAACUGGUGCCUGAAGUCUGGAUAACAAGUUAUAAACUAAGCAAUCUCUUUUAAUACCGCCCCAAAACUAAGUAUAACUAAGUCAAGGAAAAAUACUCAAAAGCCUUGCCUUCAAUGUUACAUUCACAGUGGUUUUGACAAUUAAGACUCAAGACAAAAAGCCAAGGAGGAGGGUACAGUGCAUCUGCACCCCCCCCACCCCCUUAAGGGAGUGGCAAAGUGGCACCCCUUAUGUUCAUUUAAGUAGUGAGGACACUUACUGUAUCAAGUU